GCUGUCGUCAUUUGUGAAAGAAGAAGAGGAGAAAGAGAGAUUUGCAAAUUUACAAAGGAAGCAGGGAAAAAUCAGCGUCGUCAACGAUGAGCUUCAUGCAACCAAGUCCCGUUAAGUACGCGUGCUCCUGUGGCAUCCUGAAUCCGAUCAACAAGCUCUUCUUCUGUCGCCACUGCCCCAAGCUGCGCUGUGGCUUCUGCGUGACGCACGAGAUCGAGUCGCACUUCUGCUCAAAUUGCCUGGAGAAUAUCCCUUCCACGGAGGCGCGGCACAAGAAAAACUGCUGCGCCAACUGCUUCGACUGUCCCUGCUGCCAGCACACUCUGUCGGCCAGAGCCUCUACAGUCCCAGUGGUGCGCAAGACAGAGGAGGCGAAGGAAGUCAAAGAAGCAAAGGAUGGAGACUCCACGGCCGAAACCCCGCCCCCUGUCCCGGCAAGCAGCAAACCCUCUGCGGUGCCCACCACCAAGAAGAUGUACUAUCUGUCGUGCCUCUCAUGCCGCUGGACUACGCGAGACGUGGGCAUUCCCGACCAGGGCGUGGCCACGGGCACCUGGCCGGACAACGAGUGUCUGUACCAGGCGCGAUUCAAUGCCCUGGUUGAAUACUUCCAGGCGGUGGUGCUGCAGGAGAAGCAGGAGAAACUGGAGUUCAUGCGGCGUAAGGCGCCAAAGCAGCACAAGUUUCCCAGCUUGACGGAUCGCACUGGCCUAACCGUUUCACUCAUUCGCCGCCAGAUCGGCUGGAACGACAAAGUGCCCAAGGCCAAGGCCGUGAUUACGCCGGCGGUGGCCACGGCGGAGGUGGAGGGUCUGCCGGCAAACAUCUUCACGGAACCGCUGAACUUGCGCAAUGUCACGACCAUUGCCCAACGUCACAGCCAACCUGCCGAUCAGCCCACGGCUGUUGGCAGUCUUUAUCCGCAACGGCGAUCGCUGUGGAUCAAGCGAUCUCUGCGCUGCCGCCAGUGCGAGCACAAUCUGAUCAAGCCGGAGUAUCAUCCAACGUCGAUCAAGUAUCGCAUCCAGCUUUUUGCCAGCUACCAUGUUCCCGAAGUGGUGAUGGUGCGCUGCGAGCAACCGCUGAUUCCUGGCAAGAGCAACGCCAUUCUGCUGAAGCUAACCAAUCCGACGAUGUACGACAUGACUAUUCGAUUAUUAACUACAGCUCCUCCGGAGGAUCCGCAACUGGAGGAACCGAUUUCUUCCUCACCACUACUCAAGGCUGUUGGCAUCACCUUGUCGCGUCAGAAUUCUACUCGAGAGGUAAAGCGUGAGGUGACAGAUGUGUCUAAUGCCGAGAUUGUUCCGCUGGAAAGUGAGUUUGUGCUCAGCCAACGCGAUGACUCCAAGGAGUUUGACGAGUAUGUGCAGCUGCCCACCGAGGAGCCCAAGUUCAUUGUUUGGCGAAAGGGCAACAAGGUUCUCUUAAGGCUGCAGUUCACACCGGCAAAGGAGCUUCCUCCGAGCACAAACGUUGUGCUUGGCUUCUUCAUGCAGUACACGUACGUUAACACCGUAGCCAAUGCGCCUGAGAAGAAGGAGCCCACCACUCAUGCACUCAAUUCGAGGGUGUUCAUAAACGCGGGGGCAACUGAGCACAAGGCCAACUGAAUUAUAAACUCAUAAGCUGAAUGGAAUACUAAUCGAACUUAUCAGAAACCUAAAAAAUGCUUUUUGAAAGCUAGGAAAUUAUUUAUUUAUUAAUAAUCGUGAAAAAGCCGCUGGUAUUAAAAUUGAAUAAACCCUACUCGGGAUCUUUAACAUCUGCAA